AUGCCGCGAAGAAGUACAACUACAAAGAAAUCUGAAACAGGAACUAGAAGGAAGAAAACUCUUGAAGAAUUAGAAUCUUGGAAAGUGAUAGAAUGUCGUUGUUCUUACGUUUCGAUUUUCACAACGAUAAAUUCUCUUACAAAAGAGCAAAAACUUGAAGUUGAUAAAAUGGGAUUCUCAUCCAUGAAGGCUAUUCAAGAUUGGAAAAUUGAUAGGCGGUUAUUCCUCGCACUUUCUAAAGCAUAUAACACAACAACAAGCAAACUGGAAUUAGUGGUGAGGGAUAUCGAUGUGACAACAGACAAAAUUGGGUUAGCUCUAGGAUUACCUUCAAUUGGUAAAAGUUUUCCAGAAGAAGAAGAUUGGACUUCAGAGCAAAAAAGAUUAGUUGCCCCGUUUAAGUCUGUGACAAGUCCAUGGUUACAAGAAGUAUUACAUUCAAGAGAAUGUAAUGUUUCAACAUCUAAAGGGAGAGAUUAUUUUAGGAGAGCAUUUACAAUGUUCAUUAUUAGCUUAUUUUUGGCACCAACAAGUAGCGCUGUCACAUCCCCAAAGCAUUUACGUGCCAUUGUUGAUGUAGAGAAUAUCACAAGAUACAAUUGGGCAAGAUUUGUGCAUGAUGAGCUUAUGAAAGGGGUUCAAAAAUUCAAGGAAAAAAAUACAUUAAGUAUUGAUGGUUGUCUUUAUGUUUUGAUGAUUAUCUAUUACCACAAAGACACAUUCGGAGAUAAGGAAAAUUAUAUGGGGCCUCCACCACCAUGGAUUGCUUAUUGGGAUAAAGAAAAACUUGCAAAGAAGUUGACACAAGAGUCAUCAAAGCAAAGGCCAACGGUUUUUUAUUUAAAGGGAAACUCUCAGGGACCAGCAAAUUUUCUUAUACCUAACCAUCAUUCAGCCAUCAGCGUUUUUAUACUAGGACUGUCUCACGCACUAUCACAAACGGCUUUCUCUCACGCGCUAUCACAAAAGGCUUUCUCUCACGCUCCUCUCCAAGGAACUAGCCGGAGAGCACCGCUAGUCGGAUACGCUCUUCUACGAUUGCAGUUUCGUUGA